AUGGCUUUUUCGAGUGAUGAAUUGAACUUCCUCGUUUAUCGAUACCUACAAGAAUCUGGCUUUCAACAUUCUGCAUAUUCGUUUGGCCUUGAAUCGCACAUUUCUCAAUCCAACAUCAACGGAGCUUUGGUUCCGCCAGCUGCUUUGAUUAGUAUCGUUCAAAAGGGUCUGCACUACACCGAAGCUGAGAUAUGCGUUGGAGAAGACGGAUCAGAACUGCGUUUGAUUGAGAGUUUGUCUUUGAUUGAUGCAGUCAUGCCGGAUAUUGUAGCCAGUCGACAGAGCCAAAAUCAAGAUAAACAAAGUGGGGUCAAGAAUGAUGUACAAGGUACAAAUGGCGAAGAAGGCACAGCAACAGUGACCUCGGCUAUUUCUAGCACUAAUACAAUGGAACUAGAUAACAGUAUUGAAAUACCUGCCGAAAAAUCUACUAUUCUUAAGGGACAUGAAUCUGAAGUUUUUAUUUGUGCAUGGAAUCCAAUCACUGAUUUGCUUGCGUCUGGAUCAGGAGAUAGUACAGCUCGUAUUUGGGAUAUGGCUGACAGUUUGAGUGAUCCUUCUCAACUUAUAUUGAGACAUUGUAUUCAAAAAGGAGGAACUGAAGUACCCAGUAAUAAAGAUGUUACUUCCCUGGAUUGGAAUUGUGAUGGGACAUUAUUAGCCACUGGUUCAUAUGAUGGUUAUGCUCGAAUUUGGAUGACAGAUGGCAGAUUAUCAAGCACUCUUGGUCAACAUAAGGGUCCAAUAUUUGCUUUAAAAUGGAAUAAAAAAGGAAAUUAUAUACUCAGUGCUGGAGUUGAUAAGACUACUAUUAUUUGGGACGCUGCUUCGGGCCAGUGUAAUCAGCAAUUUGCAUUCCAUACAGCACCAGCACUGGAUGUAGAUUGGCAAUCAAACAGUAGUUUUGCGUCAUGUAGUACUGAUCAAUGUAUACAUGUUUGUCGUCUAGGUGUUGAUCGACCAGUAAAAACAUUCCAAGGGCAUACAAAUGAAGUUAAUGCUAUUAAAUGGGAUCCUCAAGGAAACCUAUUAGCAUCUUGUUCUGAUGACAUGACUUUGAAGAUAUGGUCUAUGAAACAAGAUACUUGUGUACAUGAUUUACAAGCACAUAAUAAAGAAAUAUAUACAAUUAAAUGGAGUCCAACCGGUCCAGGAACAGCCAAUCCUAACAUGAAUCUAAUACUUGCUAGCGCAUCAUUUGAUUCAACUGUCCGUUUGUGGGAUGUUGAGCAGGGUGCAUUCAUACAUACUCUGACCAAGCAUACCGAACCUGUCUACAGUGUAGCUUUCUCACCCGAUGGAAAGUUUUUGGCAUCCGGCAGUUUUGACAAAUGUGUUCAUAUAUGGUCAACACAAAGCGGUCAAUUAGUUCAUAGUUAUAAAGGAACAGGUGGUAUUUUUGAAGUUUGCUGGAAUUCUACAGGUAACAAAGUUGGAGCAAGUGCAUCUGAUGGAAGUGUAUUUGUAUUAGAUCUACGAAAACUCUAAUUCUUCUGACAUAAUUUAUUUUUACUUCGAGUUUUCCAAUUUUUUAUUUUGAUUUAUAUAACUAUUCAAUUAUUGUGAAACCAAUUUUUUAUUGCCCAUUUAUUUUUGUCAAAAUUAUGAUUUAUAUAAACAAAUACAUAUAAUUCAUGACGAUAACAACUGAAACUCAGCAUGAUGUAUUAAGGUAAUUAAAAAACAAAAAUAAAUUAAGCAUAGACUAAUAAAUAACCCUCCCAAAAAUAUGUCAAUGUGGAGUUGGGUAAAUAUUUGUUCACGGUAUCAAAUAUACUUAACUUUAUAUACCUUAAAAUAAUUUUUUAUUCUAUUUUAUCUAUGAUUAGGAAUGACUCUAUGGUAGUAAUUAAUAAAUUAUGUAAAUAUAAUAUUAUUUUUCAUUGUAUUGGAUAUUAUUAUAUUGUAUGCCAAAUGGCAACUUUCAUUAUAAAUCUUUUGUUCACUUG